CUCGCGUGUCCGCAAUCCCACUGCCUGCCUGCCUGCCUGCGCUCUCUCGUGGCGCCCUGCUGCUGCUGCUGCUGCUGCUCGAUCGCUGUGCCUAGCCGAGCCAUUAUCGCCGUGCUGCACCACCUCCGUCGACCCUCCGAGCGGCGUCGUCGAUGUUGGGGAAGUCACUGUUGUAGCUGCGCCCAGCUAGCCCAAAUCCGCAAGCGCCAUUCGCUCACGCCGCCCGAGCGAGAGUUUGAGCGGUCGAGAUCUGAGCUGGUCCCCCCUUCACUUCCAACCUUGGCGCAACUGGACCUCGCUGACUGGGGCGGGACUGGUCUUCUGCCGGCUCUUUGCUGCAACCACGCCUCGUCAUCCUCACCACCGACACCUCCUGUCGGGACUCACGGCGGCGGUGCGCGACGGCGCGGCCACACUCGCUUGGACUUGGAGCUGCACUAUUGGGAGGAGUAUUGUCGCGAAUGGUUCAUGCUAGCCGGCGGGCAAGGAGACACAUAGCAGCACGGGAGCUGCGUGAGAAGAGAAGAAGCAAGCAAGCAAGCAACACCGCAGCGGAAGAGCAGGGCCCACGAAUUGGAUCGCGAUCACGAAGCACGACGAACGAACACAUCAGGCUAUCAGCGCCAGCGACAUCCGAAGGCGUCGCCGCUCCGGCAUUACAUGAGCCAUUGCCCGGGCUGAGCCCACGGCAGUGACAAUGGCUACGAUGGAGUCUCCUAGCACAUACCCCGAAUCACCUAUGGAGCAGGAGGAUGUGGUAUACCCGUGCAAGGGCUGUGGAGAGAUACUCGAAGAGGGCAAAGCAUUUGAACUUGCGGGCAACCGAUGGCACAUUGAUUGCUUCCGAUGUAAUACAUGUGGCACUCUUCUGGACUCGGACGCCAACUUGCUCCUCCUCGGCGAUGGGAGCCUCAUCUGCAACAACUGUACAUACAGCUGCAGCGCAUGCAACAACAAAAUCGAGGACCUGGCAAUUUUGACGGGCGACCAGGCCUUUUGCUCAGGAUGUUUCCGAUGUCGAAAUUGCAAGAGGAAGAUCGAGAAUCUGCGAUAUGCUCGCACAUCGCAGGGCAUCUUCUGCAUGAGCUGUCAUGAGAGCCUCAUGGCGCGACGGCGGAAAAAAGCGCGAACACCGAAACAGACCGCGGCGGGAGCGCAACCGGGGCACGAUAAGGCAUUGCCUUCGCUUCCUCCUGGAGUUGCUCCUCAGAGUGCCUUCACACCAGAAAGUGAGGCAGCGCCUGAGACGGACUCGGCCAACCAGACACCGCAAUUGGAAUCCGCGUCACAGAAGCACACGACUUCACGCACUCGCGGUGCAUCUCAUUCUAAGAAUUACAAUCGCGACGUGUCCCCGCUUACUGAAACGACACGGAAAGAUGGGCCCACAUUGCCAGCCAGUACAUACGGUGAAGGGAGACCCUCCAACGUGUCGAGCUCGAACGACGAUGACGAUUCCGAAAGGGGCUUUCUCCCAAUGGCUUUCGAUCCCACGCCGGUACAAGCGCCCCCGCAAUCGCAGAUGUCAAUGCCGCGAAACAGAACUUCGAGAGCACCCGAGGAAUUAUCACCACCAGCAGCGCAGAAGGAAAAUCUGCCGCCCAGAGACUAUUUUGGCGCAAACGGGCGGCUGUCGGCAAAGCCGUCCACGAAAGAGCAUGCGCAAGAUGGGCGCCCAGGCACUGCCAGUGCUUCGUCGAGAUCAGUCUCCACUGAACGCGAGCCUGACCGGGAUCGCUCGGCGAGCCAUUCCAAGCCGAGUCCACACAUUUUGUAUCAAGACAAGGGCCGUAGCAGGAAGCGGGAUACCUCUGGAGGCAAUACGCCUGUAAAUGGUGCUACGCCUGUGGUCACCUCACCACCAGAGCGGACUGUCAGCAAGCCGCAACCACAUCCUCUGGCAACAGACCACAAAGCACUGAGCAAUCAAGCUAGCCCCCAGGACCCUUUCCGACUCGGAGAAGUUCCGACCUCGAAACGAGCUGACUCGCGGAAGACCUCGCGCACAGGAGAAUCAGAUGCGGUAUCGCCUAUGGAAAGGUUAAGUCGGGAUAGCGAUUCCAACAAGCCCAUUUCCCCAGUGUCCGUAGGCUCGCAGAACUCUGUCAACCCAUUUGACGACCCCAGGCGCAAGGAUGGUACUACACCAGGAGCUACGCCCGUCCCACCCCGACACGCCGACCGAGGUUUACCAUUGCGAGGAGACUCUUUGAAUACUGCACCUGCUAUUACUAUGCAGUCGGCAAGUGAGCAGCUAACUCCAAGCACCAAUGCAGCUCACAAAAGGGACGUUUCAGCGUCAUCAAUGGGCACGUCUUUCGUCGACGCACAGAGCACCAUAUCUCGGGAUACCAGCCGUUCGAGACCCGAACCACAGCAGCGGGUCAGCCUUGAUCUCGCUCCGCCGCCGCGGUCUGCCACGCGACCGACUGCACCCAGCAAGUCCGUUGCUAAUGAUGACUUCAUUGCACCUCGACACGCUCCCCCGCCGCCUCCACCAGCGGCAACGGAAAGGCACAGACAGAAUGAUUCGAUCAGCACUCUACAGAGUGAAGAUCGCGACGCCCAGCAGCUAUCCCCUGGUCUGCGAAGUGCUGGUCUACCGAAGUACAGUCUCGACGGCGGCUUUAGUAUGGACGACGAAAUGGGACGAAUACUUCGUGGAGAGGCUCCUCAAACAUCGGGCAACAACGGAUCGUCUUCUCCUUCGGUGUUGAGACGUGUGUCGAAUGCUGUGAAGCAUGGCAGAAGUUUCAGUGAUCGCGCGCCCACGCAAGGAGGGCAAUCGCCUAGGAAUGGAUCGCUCGCAAGCGCGACACCGAACAUCACCUCGCCCACAAGUGCGGAUGGCUUCGAGUCAGUCCGCGCGUCGCUUCGGCGUGCGCAGCAGCAUAUCGCUGAACUGGAGUCGGAGAAGCUGAAGCUGCAGGAGAAACUCGACAAUAGCGGUGACCUCAAGGCGGCCAACAGCGAAUUGCGAGAAAAGCGCUCCACGAUGGCAUUCCUCGACACGCAGCGCGAGAUGAUUGUACGGGAGCUUGAAACCAUGACGGAGCAUUUGGCCAAGGUCAAGGAUACCAACCAGCCGCUGGACAUCUCUGCGCUGAAGUCGAGCAUUCUACGUGACUUUGCGGAUUCAUUACAAAAACUCAAAGACAAUAUGGGUGCUCAGAUUGAAGAUUUGAUCCGCAAACGCAAUGAGCUCACCGACGAGAUUGGCAGCUUGAUCCAGAUGAAAGACAAGGGUUUCCAGGAGUACGAGUCAUUGUCAACCAAGAACGCGCAACUGGCCUCUCACAACAACGAGCUCAUUCGCAGCAUACAGGGCAUGUACCAGGACAAUCGCGCGCCGAACGGCACACCUGGAGCCAACGGACUUGGAAUAUACAAUGGCAAUAUGAAGGAUGCGUCGUCCGCAGAAGUGCGAAACCUCAACCCGGUCGUCACAGACACUUCAAUGCCAAACUUGCUGCAGGAUCCAGAUUCUGAACAAGCAACAAUUCUCACGACGCCGCAAGUGGUGAACAUUCGAAAGGGUGCUCAGCCGAAGAAGUUCAACUGGCGGCGAGGUGGUGAGAAGGUGGCCGGGAAGGUGAGCAAGGGCAUCAAGGGUGCCUUUGUUGGCAAUGAACAGCCACAAAAGGGCCAGUAUACUAUUGGCAUGCCUUACAAUUCAAGCCAUAACGGACAAGCGAUGCCUGGAAGCGAUCACAGCAGCGUCAACAGCAAGCAGACCUUAACAGAUGAGAAGAAUCAUGGCUUCUUCAAGAAUGCCAAUGGUAAAGCUGGCAUGCACUUGAAGAACAGCAGCAACGUCAACUUGGCUGCUGCCGAUGGAUCUGUCCUCUUCGGCUCCGAGCUCUCCUCCCGCUGUGAACACGAAGGUCGCGUCGUGCCCGGUAUCGUCUUGACCUGUAUCGCCGAAGUAGAGCUGCGCGGUAUUGAUGUCGAAGGCAUCUACCGCAAAUCAGGCGGCGCAGGCCAAGUGAAACAAGUCCAACAAGGCUUCGAAAAAGACCCCAGUUUCGACAUCUCCGACGAAGACUUGGAUAUCCACGCCAUCACCAGCGCACUGAAGCAAUAUUUCCGCAAACUGCCUACCCCACUCAUCACUUACGACGUCUACGACGCCUUACUCGAAGCCGGCCAAAUUCAGGAUAAAGAGAAGCAGGCUUCUGCACUGCGCGCCGCAAUCGAUAGCCUUCCGGACGCGCAUCGCGAUUGUUUGGGCUUUUUGUUCCAGCAUUUGGCGAAAGUCGUCACGUACGAGAGCAAGAAUUUGAUGACGCCGUUGAAUCUCGCAGUCGUUUUUGCGCCGACGAUUAUGCGGCCGCUAUCUAUUGAGCGUGAGAUGAGUGAUAUGCAGGUGCAGAGGGCAGCGGUGCAGGCAUUGCUGGAGAAUCAUAGAGGGGUUUUUGGAGAGGAGUGAUGGGAAGUGGUUUUUCUAGUUGGAUGAGAGAAAGACAAUGAAAGAAAGACAAUGAAAGAAAGAUGUGAUCUUCUCUAUGGUUUUUGAAAUUUCUGCUUUUGCGUACUUGUCUACUACUUCUCUGGACAUACUACUGCUUUUAUCCUUUUCUGGGAAGUUGAUUUUGAGCAAGCGGCCAGUGUCUUCUUUGAAGAGCAGGAGGAGAAGAGAGAUUGGCAGGUUAGCCAGGGCUACAAGCCCGAUUUGCGCCCGGAACAUCCGACAAGGGGUGGGCAGAGAAUCAGAGAGAGCAAGGAAGAGAAGCAGCGAAUGUGAUUGCUACGAGUAGGAAAGGAGAGCAGAGAGGAAUUCUUGCACACAAGUCGCGAAACCAGAAUGGAAAAUUUGCGAAUGAAGCGCAAUUUUGCAAUGUGGCUGAGAAAUUGUUGAGUUCCGCUCGAGCUGGAAGGCGGUUUUGAUUGAGAGCUCUUUGUUAGCGUG